GCGCCCUCAGGCUCAGGCGCCCGCCCGGGCGGCCACCUGGAGCCUGUGGAGGCGCCCGGGCGGCCACCUGGAGGCGCAAAUUGCUUUCUGACUUUCAAGUUCAAGAUCAACCUGAGGCUGGAGCUAUCCCAAGAACUCUGCCGUUGGCCUGCAGGGCGAUCUGCCAGCUAUUUCAUUGCUGCCAGAGUCUGCUGCACGUCCAUUGAGACCCCAUCAUACGUCACAGGCUGCAGACUUGCUCGUCUUCGUUCCGUUUGUCCGCAGCUCAUCUUGGAUUAGCUUUUUGUGUGCCUAAAGUUCUUCUGAAAGAUUCCAAGUCUAGCUUGUAGUUCCAAUUGAUUGAGGGAAGUGUGCAAUGCAAGCUUUACGGGCUAGGUCGCUGUCGGCGUUACGAUUGCGGGCUGGCCCUCCUGUUGCAGCUGGGAAAAAAGGAGGUAAAAAGGCUGCCACUGCAGAACCUUCUGGCGGACCGAAAGAGAACUCGCUGGCCACGGGGAGGACCAUAGGUGCAAAUAUACACAAAGAGGGGAGCGAUCCACCACAUAAACCAGACAGUGAGUACCCAGCGUGGGUGUUCAAGCUAACGAAUAGAAAACCCCCCCUAAGUGAGCUCCGACGGAAGAAGCCAGAAACGCUGACUGAUCAGGAGGUUCUGAGACUUCUCAAACUGAGCAACAGACAGAAGAUAAAGGAGGCAAACUUUGAAAAGACGCUUCAAUAGUUGUAUCCCGUUUUCAGUAGGCGCCUCUAUCAUUGACUGCUUUCUGGCAUGCACGCGGUAGGGUGCAACAUGGAUCACUGUCGAGUUUGCACUUAUAUUCCUUAGCACCAACUACGUAUAUGUGCAUGCUUGCAAUGCCGUG